AUUUUCUCUGACGGGCCUUGCAGCGACACCACCUCCGCAGACGACAUCAAAUGGGGAAGAAGCGGACCCAUGCCGAGACAAAGGAUGGCUUCACGAAGCCGCCGCCGGACAAGGGCCGGCUGAGCUCCAAGAACGACAAAAAGGACCCGCGGUGGAAUGGAGAGAGGAAGGAGCACAAGCCUGCAUUGCUGUUCAAGCCCCAGCCCGAAUGGCAUGCGGUCGAGCUACCCGAGCUUCCCACCGUCGACAACCCGACCAUCCCGCCCCGUAACAUCAUCGACGAGCUCCAUCAAUAUGCCGACAAGCUCUUGGAAGCCGAGGCGACCGAAUACGCGAAUUUGCACCUGUCCAAGGAUGCGUCGCACAAGUUCAUGUCGACAAUCAUGGCCUCCGGUACCAUGGAGGACAAGGUUUCGGCCCUGACACUGCUGGUACAGGAGUCGCCGCUGCACACCAUGAAGGCUUUUGAGCAAUUGCUGGGGCUGUCGAGGAAGAAGAGCAGAAAUGCCGCCUUGAUGGCUUUGGCUGCGCUGAAGGAUCUCAUGGGCCAGGGUGUUGUGCUCCCGCCGGACCGAAAGCUGAAGGCGUUCGCGAGACAGCCGAGUCUCAUAUGUGCGCUGCAAGGAAAAGCUGCGAAUUGGAAACGCGGCGACAAGCUCCCCGGCCAAGUCCAGAAAGUGCACCUGAUUGCGUGGGCUUACGAGGACUGGUUGAAGAAGCAAUAUUUUGAGAUACUCAAGAUCAUCGAGGGCUGGGCAAACGAUGAGAUGGAAUUCUCGCGCAACCGGGCGGUGACAUUUGUCUGGGAGCUGCUCAAAGAAAAGCCGGAACAAGAGGAGAAUCUGCUGCGGUUGCUGAUCAACAAGCUCGGAGAUAAAGAGAAGAAGGUCGCAUCCAGGGCGUCUUAUCUUCUUCUCCAACUACAGGUCACCCACCCGCUGAUGAAGAACGUCAUCAUCAGCUCUAUUGAAUCAGACCUUCUCUUCCGACCGAACCAGAGCGCACAUGCCAAGUAUUAUGCAGUCAUUACGCUUAAUCAGACGGUUCUGAGCGUGCGGGAGCAACCUGUCGCCAACAAAUUGCUAGAAAUAUACUUCAGUCUAUUCGUUGGGCUGUUGAAGAGGCAGAAGGAGCAGGAAAAGGAGGAGAAGAAGCUGAACAAGCAUGGACAUGCCCAAGGCGGCGGAGGGAAGCCUGGCAAGCUAGCCAAGAAGAAGGCUCAGAAGGCUGCUACGCAGGCCUACAAGACCGAAGACGAAACGAAGGAGAAGCUGAUCUCCGCAAUUUUAACAGGCGUCAAUCGAGCAUUCCCCUUUGCCAAAACGGAUGAUGAAAAGUUUGAGGACCAGCUCAACACCGUCUUCGAAAUCACACACUCGUCCAACUUCAACACCAGCAUCCAGGCCAUGACACUCAUCCAGCAGAUUUCUGCUACGAAGCAUUACUCCACUGACCGUUUCUACCGCACCCUCUACGAAUCACUUUUGGACCCUCGACUUAUUACGACUUCCAAGCAUAUCAUGUACUUGAAUCUCCUUUACCGGUCUCUCAAAGCCGACAUCAGCAUCCAGCGAGUUAAGGCGUUUGUGAAGCGUUUGCUCCAGAUCAUCCACUUGCAUGAACCACCUUUCAUCUGCGGAGUUCUAUAUCUCAUCAACGAACUGAUCAUCACGUUUCCUAGCAUCAAGACGAUGUUAUCCACACCGGAAGACAACGACUCGGACAGCGGCGAAGAGCACUAUGAAGACGUGCCACAUGAAGAGGAAGCGGCACCUAAAGUGAGGGAUGAGGCGAAGCAUCCCCGCUACGACCCACGAAAACGCGACCCAGCGCACUCGCAUGCGGAGCUGUCUUGUCUCUGGGAGCUCCUCCCUCUGCAGGCACAUUACCAUCCUUCGGUGCACGUCCUUGCCUCCAAAUUGCUCAACCAAGAGCAGAUCAAAGAGAAGCCGGACCCAACCAUCUACACGCUCAUGAACUUCCUCGAUAAAUUCGCCUUCCGUAACGCGAAGACGAAAAGCAACGCCACCCACGGAUCUUCUAUCAUGCAACCAAUGUCUGGAACCUCCAAAGCAGCCGACUACCUUGUCACGGCCCGUGAUGGCGACAGAACGCAUGAUCCCGUCAAUACCGAGCAGUUUUGGCGAAAGAAGGUGGAGAAUGUUCGUGUGGAUGAAGUCUUCUUCCAUACCUACUUCGAGAAAGCGGGCAAAGCGAAGCAACUUAGUAAGAAAGACAAGAAGAAGAGAAAGCAGGAUGAGGGGAGCGAUGAAUCCGGAGAAGAGGAGAUCUGGAAAGCGCUUGUCAAUAGCAGACCAGACAUCGAGGGCGAGGAUGACGAUGACGAAGGCUUCAGCGACAUUGAUAUGGAUGAUAUGAUGAGUGAUGAGGAUGCAGAUGGAGUGGUCGGAAUGGAUGAAGGUGUCGAACUUAAUCUCGGAAGUGACGACGAAGACGCCGACGCUGCAGCUGGACAGGACGAAGACGACGAAGAUGGUAUGGGUGGCUUCGAUCUCGACGACGAGGAUGGGUUCGUCGACAGUGAUGAGGACGUUCCGGUCGACAUUGGCAUUGACGACGGCACUGACAUUGAAGAGCCGCCACCUUCGAAGUCGAAGACGGAAGAUAAGAAAGACGACAAGAACAGCCGCAAGAAGAGGAAGCUCAAGCAUCUUCCAACUUUUGCGUCUGCUGAGGAUUACGCCAAGCUGAUUGGCGGCGAUGAUAGCGAGUAGAUGAUUUUUUCUGGAUAUAGGCUUCCUGUCGGACUAUGGAAUGAAGCCACAGCUGGCUUGAAAAGGGGCCACAAGAUACCUCGCUAAACAGGUAGUGUAGCAUGGUUAGCAUCUUUCAUGUAGAUAUCCCUGUUGUAAUGGCUACUGCACCGAGCGACACCGCUUAUGUAAUCUGUUUAGGUUCCCCAUUUGCAAUACAUACCUUUGGGUCGG